CAUAAGCUUAUAUCAAAUCAUAUAAAAAUAUCAAAGAAAAAAAGCACAUUUGAGCUUUUGGUUAUUUUUUAGAACAGCCAGAUCUUUCUUUAACUGUAAAGUUAUGAAGGAGGCCAUGCAAAGAAAUUUGACCUUAGCCUCUAGCAUCACCUUCAUAUUGAGAAAUGGCAAUGUCUCCCACUGCUAUGGUGGCCCGCCGGGCUCUUGCUGCUGCAUCGCAUGGGAGCCAUGAGGGAGGAGCAAGGACAUGGAAGAUCCUCUCCUUCAUAUUAGCCCUGCCGGGAGUAGGUGUCUGCAUGGCUAAUGCUUUCUUGAAGAUGCAGGCCCAUUCCCAUGACCCCCCCGAGUUUAUUCCAUACCCACACUUGCGCAUUCGAACCAAACCAUGGCCCUGGGGUGAUGGAAACCACUCCCUCUUCCACAACCCUCAUGCGAACGCUCUGCCCACCGGUUAUGAGGGACCUCACCACUAAGCAGGAUGCCCCCUGCCAUCUGUGCUACAUUGAGCGCCUUAACGUCUGUCUCCUCAGAUGCCAAUCAACAGGGUCCCCAUUCUGCUGCAACCGACAGACAAAUUUUUUGAACGCUUUUAAAAGAAAUAAAAUGCUGUUUUCACUGUAAAGAGAAUUUUGUUUGUGUACCUGAAUAAACAAAAAAAUCUGGUCAGACUA